UUUUCCUGUUUCUACAGAGGUGUGUGCACAUUCAUCUGCUCCUCAGAUAAGAAGGUGCUGAACACUCUCUCUCUCUGGUAAGGAGUACACCAUUAUAGGCAGACCUCAAGAAGGAAGCCACACUUCAUACACACAUCUCCUGUUGUAAACUUCCUCGCAGCUGUUCCUCAUAGCCUGUCAUCUGCUUUCAAGGAGCACUGCCUGUUGUGUAUGAGUUCAUGGAUAGUUCCAGAGACAUGUCUGAAGAAGAGGACUGCAGGUCCCCCAUUGGUCUGGACUGCUGUAGCUGCUGCCUAGACCUAGCCAACAAGAGUGAUAUGGAGGAAAGCAGUGGAGAGAAUAACAACCUGGCCAGUCCCACUGUUAACAAUUUCCGUCAGUUACGGGAGAAGCUGGUUUUUGAGAACCUGAACACCGAUAAGCUGAACACCAUCAUGAGGCAGGACUCUCUAGAACCGGUGGUGAAGGACCCCUGCUACCUUAUGAAUGAAGGCAUCUGCAACAGCAACAUUGACCAGACCAUGCUGUCCAUCCUUCUUUUUUUCCACAGCGCUUCGGGUGCCAGUGUUGUUGCAAUAGAUAACAAGAUUGAGCAAGCCAUGGAUUUGGUAAAGAACCAUCUCAUGUAUGCAGUACGGGAAGAGGUGGAAGUCCUGAAGGAGCAGAUCAAAGAGCUGGUGGAGAAAAAUUCUCAGCUUGAACGGGAGAAUUGUCUACUAAAGAAUCUGGCCAGCCCGGAACAGAUGAAAAAAUUUCAAUCCCGGCUUCCUUCAGAUGAGACGAGGGAGAUCCCAAGCCUAGAUUUUUUUCAUGCAACCCAACCACGCUCAGCCGGAUCUGCAGUUUAAGUGGCUCUGUCUAUGGAGUGGACAGAGCCACAGAACUUUCCUAAUCGUCUCCUCGAUAAUAAGAGAAAAAAAUGAGAUUUUUUUCCCCCCUCUUUAAAGUGUCACCUUGGCCUGGAGGGUCGUUGACUAGCCUAUACUGGCACCAUGAGAUGUACCAGGGCUAGAGCAGGCUUCCUCAGCUGUCUUUUCUUCAAGAGAAGAGGGAGAGAAGCCGUUCGUGGACUCUUUAAGAAGAGUGCCAGCAAGACAGAGCUUGUCCGCUAUGGAACCUGCCUUUCUUGGUGUCAGGCUUUUAACGCAAAGCCAAGACAAUCGCAGAAGCUGCUGAAGAAGUCCACAGUCCGCUUCUGGAAGAGUUCUCUAACCGUGGAGUACAAUGUUGGUCAGAGGGACCAUCUCUGUUCGGCUUGACCAUAAACUCUUCAUAAGAUGGAAAACAGAGAUUGGUGACCUCCAGAAUGUAGAGACUGGUGUAGGAUAUGUUGAUCCAUUCGGUUGGAGAACAAAGCCGAGCUUGAGAUGCACCUAAUCACUUUGAAAAGGAUAUCUGUAGUUAGAUGGCACAUAUUGGCCCUAGUUAGAGCUAGUGGAGAUGACUAAAAUCCCCACAAAUAACAGGGCUGUAAGCAUGGGUCUACACAUAGUGUUCAGUGUUGGCUAAGCGGUUGCCAUAAAGUCUCCUUGAAGGCUUGGAAUAUGCUACAUGUAACAUGGACACUGUUGAACUUUUUUUCUUUUCUGUUCUUUUUUUUUUUAUAUACAUUUUUAUAUGUCUAGACUAGAUUUCUCUUACUUUCUUCUUCAUUUCCAUUUGUCUUCAUGCAAAAGCACACUGGCUGACAAAGAGCCUCCUGUAAAGUUCACACGACACUUUAAAUCUGGGAAAAGUAAGACGACAGACUUUUUUUUUAUAUACUGCAAUAUUAAUGACUUCAGAACGAAAAACGUCAAACAAUAACCUUAUAUGGCUCGAUGGAAUCAGUACUUUCUGCUGUUUAAUGUUAUUGUAAGAGACUUGCACUGUACAUAACUCUAUGGAUCCUGCAAUAAAACCUUUUGAUAUAUACCUAUGAGAAUCU